AUGGCAGAUCAUAAUCAUUCGUCCUUCCAGCACCCAUACUUUGUCUUAACUGGGAUUCCAGGGCUUGAGCAGAAGUAUUACUUGAUGGCAUUCCCCCUGGGUGCCAUAUACGCCAUUGCCCUCUUUGGCAAUGGUAUCAUCAUCUCCACCAUCAGGUCUGAAUCAUCCCUGCAUAUCCCCAUGUACUACUUUCUGUGUAUGCUAGCAUUUGCAGACAUGGGACUCGCCCUUUGCACUCUGCCCUCUAUGCUAGGCAUAUUCUGGUUCAGCUAUAAGUUCAUUGCAUUUGAUGCCUGCCUCGUCCAGAUGUACUUCAUCCACACCUUCUCAGCCAUUGAGUCAGGCGUGCUGGUAGCAAUGGCCUUUGAUCGGGUUGUGGCGAUCUGGAGUCCCCUCAGAUACGGCACCAUUCUAACCAGUGCUGUGGUCUGCAAAGUAGGGAUAGCCAUCUUGUCAAGAGCAGUCUGCGUGGUCUUCCCUGUGCCUUUCCUCAUCAAGAGGCUUCCCUUCUACCGCUCCAACAUCCUCUCCCACUCCUUCUGCCUCCAUCAAGAUGUCAUGCGUCUCGCCUGUGCCAGCACCCGGGUCAACAGUCUCUAUGGCCUCAUCGCUGUCAUCUUCACUAAGGGUUCUGACUCCCUCUCCAUCCUCUUCUCCUAUGUGUUCAUCCUCCGAACAGUGAUGGCUAUUGCCUCUGGGGAGGGCCGGCUGAAGGCCCUCAACACCUGUGUUUCACACACCUGUGCUGUGCUCAUCUUUUAUGUGCCACUGAUUGGCGUGUCAAUCAUUCAUCGCUUUGGAAAGCACCUGUCACCACUGACUCAUGCCCUCAUGGCCAAUGCCUACCUCCUUGUCCCCCCUGUGCUAAACCCCAUAGUUUAUACUGUGAAGACCAAGGAAAUACGAAAGAAGAUUAUCCAGAUAUUUGUUCGAACCAAAAUCACUGCAGAGGGUUAG